AGCUGUUCAUUUAAUCUGCACGUUUAAUUCAGCCUCUCCGUGUGCUGCUCCAGCCUGGCUCCUUUCCAUAUAAGGCGUUCACGGGAGCUUUCUGCGGCACCCCUGCCUCUGUCUUGAAAAGCAGCCAAAGAUGGCUUUGUGUUUGAUGCAUGUGCUAUAGGCCGAAAACCUUGCUCCACGGCCACACCUUGCCAGCCAGGUCAACUCAAAUCAAAACAUACUCAUGGGAUAAUGCCCAAGUCAUCCUGGUGGGGAACAAAUGUGACAUGGAAGAUGAGCGGGUCAUUUCAACCGAGCGAGGCCAACAUUUAGGAGAACAGCUUGGUUUCGAGUUUUUUGAAACAAGUGCCAAGGAUAACAUUAAUGUCAAGCAGACAUUUGAGCGUCUUGUGGACAUCAUCUGUGACAAGAUGUCCGAGAGUCUAGAGACGGACCCGGCCAUCACCGCCGCAAAGCAGAAUGCAAGACUCAAGGAAACCCCUCCUCCACCGCAGCCCAGCUGUGGCUGUUAGUGUCUCCACCCACAAGCCGCACCUGGGGGGUGGUUGCUAAAAACAGCAUUUAUAAGUGGUCGAUUAGCCUUCAUUUAUACUGCCUAAUAAUUACCUGAGGGAAAUCUUUGAUGUCAGUGGCUCGAACAUGCAUUAAAUUCUGGGGAGGUUUCUUCCUGUGUUAACAUAUGGCAAAUACGUGAUCUUAACUUUGUAAGAACUGUUGAUCUAUAAACAUCUGGUAUUUGCAUGUGA